AUGCGCCAGUGGUUAGGCUGGGUUUUAUCGUGGGCAUUUCUCUAUUCUGAGUGCAGUGCUCGCGCUGCCGGAAGGCGCGCCUUCCUGGCUCCUGCGCUCUGGAGUCCGUACCCCGUGCUGCCCAAAACUAGCACAGCAUGGGGUUCGUCUGCUAGGGACCAGGAUUCUACAGUUUCGUCUGGCUGGAAGGGCAGCCGGCGCGGUCUGACUACGCUGUGCGCCAGGAUGAAGCAUGAGGAGCCAUUUGCGGGCAGCGAUUCGCUGCUGGACAAGCGAUCGAUGUUCUCUAACACAGCGUUGGAACUCACCCUCGAGGACAUGGCGGCCCGCGAGGCCGAUUUUGAGCGUUACAAAAACAGCUCCUUGAGUCACUUCCGCAACAUCGGCGCGGUAGUCGCGUCGGUAUUAACUGUAGGUGCGCUCUACGGCGCGCUUUCGAUGCUGCGCGGUAUGCUGAACCAGCAGCACGCCAAUCUGCGUGCUGACCGCUAUGGAUCCCUCACCCCGCACUCAGACGUCCACACUGGAGAUGGCGGACACAUGUAG